GUUCAAGAAUGUUCUUUUCUCAAACAAUUGUGUUCUGCAUCAAUCAUAUUGCGUAUAACCGGCCUGAUCUCAUCCCUGAUCAAUUAGAGAUUGGUAAAGUGGAUUGUCGUGCUAUUAGUCGAAUCUUAAAGUUGAAGGAAAAACAACAAACUGGAAACAACGAAAAAGAUUGGAGCAAAAAGUACAAAAAAUAUACGCCGGCAUGAGAGUCUAGGUACCAAUACUGUGUGCGUGAUAAAAGUAAGGGUGAGUUCUCACCCAAACUUGGUCUUUUCUACUUGUCAUUUUUCAGUUUAUGAUAUUGUCGUGUUGCUUGCUCGUAGGUUCUGAAUUUGUACUUCCACCAACACCACCGCGUGCUGCUAUGGCAGUGUCCACUUCUGCUCCCACUCAAGCUGAUGGCAGUGAUGGUGUCCAGACAAGCAGCCCAAUGAAUGCUACCUCAAGCAAUCACUUUAUAGAAAUGUAUGACAAUGAUAGGGAUGGUGUCUAUUUAAGCAUCCCCGGUGAGUUCUCUGAAACUUGGGUUCUUUUGUUACAUAUCAUUUUUAAGUUUCUGAAAUUGGUAUUGCUACUUGCUUGUAGGUUCUGGCUUGGACUUUACAUCAGUGGCUUCUUCAAGUCAUCAUCAUAGCGGGGCUUCUUCAAGUCAUCCCAAUCUGUCACCUGAGUUGCGAUG